AUGGUAGUAAUUUCAGAAGCUUACUUACAACAUAUUGAAUAUAAUGCAGUUCAACAAGCAUUAACCAUUAAUAUUGCACCAAUAACAUUUAAACGAUAUGUUGAUGACUGCCAUGCACGUUUUUCUAACUCUGGUAAUGCAGAAUCGUUUUUGACACUUUUAAACUCUCAAGACAAAGCUAUUCAAUACACAUGCGAAUACCAAAAUGAUCAAGAUCAACUUAAUUUCUUAGACAUCUGCAUUUCAACUAAUCAUAUAACUCAUAAAUAUAACUUUUCUAUAUACCGCAAGAAUCCAAUAACGAAUGUACUUGUAAAACCGCAGUCUCAAAAUGGAUAUUCUCAGCAACAACUUCUAGACAUUGUAAAACAUUACAAACCAUCCCAAACAAAAAGCCGCCAACAAUUUAACACAUUUAAUAUAAAAAUACUUCCGUGGGUUCCUAAAUUAAGCCUUAUUCUUAGACGCGCGUUUCGAAAAGUUGGCAUAAAAACAGUUUUUCGUUUCGGAAGAUCUUUAUCGAACAUAUUAUGCCAAAACAAAUCAAAGAUACCACCAAACAGUUACCCGGGUGUUUACCAACUUGAAUGUACAUGUGGUGCUUUUAAUGUGGGUGAAACCAGAAAAAAGAUAAAAACACGAAUAGCUGAACAUCAAAAAAACGUGACUAAAGCGAACUGGAAAGCGUCUGGAAUUGUCGAACAUGCACAACAUUGCAAAGGAGACCCAGAAAAUUUUAUCAAUGCUAAUUCAUUAGUUACCCCUGUUCAUAUAAUGCCAGAAUGA